CAUACGUUGUUACGAAAGCGAACCACACCAACGAUGCUCAAACAAGCUCUACUAUUUUGCCUGCUCCUAACUAUUUCCCUCUGCGAAGAGGGCAAGCGUGAAGAUCGCCGACGCAAGCAUGUAGAUCAUACAGAUCAUGUAGACCCUUUGGCAGCACUCGACAGGCACCUAUCACACACCCUGGCUUAUCACUACUUGUGGCCAUGGAACCAGAUCUUCAAAGCCGCAGCCUCUCUGGACGUUGACAACUUUGAAGAAACUCAACAAACUUCAGAUGAUAAGACGUACACGAUCAAACUGUACGCGAAAUCAUUCAAGCCCGAGGAAUUGAAGGUGAAAGUGAAAGAACGCAAUAUCAUCGUAGAAGGCAAGCACAAUGUGACCAAUGAUCACCAGCACUUCAUGACCAACCACUUCGUGCAGCGGUUCGUCCUGCCUCCUGGCAGUAAACCAGAAGAAGUGACGGCUGUUUUCACCGAUAAGAAUGUCUUGGUUCUCUCUAUACCUCGCCACGAAGUGCCUCCACCUGUAGAAAGGAUCGUGCCAAUCGAAGUUAAACUCUCUGAGUCCACUUCCGAAUUACCUACCACUACGGAAAAUAAAGAAGAAAAAAAAGUGAUUAAGGAGGCAAAUAAGGACGAGAAGAAAGAGGAAAAACAGGAAAAGAAAGCCGAAAAGGUUACUAAGAAACCUUCGUCUGCAAAACCAACACUUGAACAGGCCGAAAAAGAAACGAUUGACGAAAUGAAGGAAAUAGAUGAUGAAGGGGCACAGCCUUCAACAGUGAUUCCCCUCGAAAAACUGGAGUUGCAAGAGGCGACGACCCACAUCGGCAAAAUCAGGAAGAAGGAGUUGAAGGAGACCACAAAAAUGACAAAGACCAACCAGGUCACCAAAGGCUUAGACGGCAAUGGAUUAGAUUAUCUACUCGUUGACACAGAGUAGAUAUUAUUAGUGGAAUGAGAUUGUGACAAAAGACUGAUUAGUAUGAAGCUUUAACGUGCCAAGGGAUUUUCGCAUGCAAAAAAACUUGUCGACAUUUUUUUGCGUGCUUAAUUCUGUUCGUAGCGGUUAUUGUGUUGUGAUUUGUUA